AGACACUUGAAGUUGUUGAACCUGAAUGUUUCGAAUCACGCGCGUGAAAAAUGCUCUACGCGUUCCUCGACGUCUAUGUCAGAUACCCAGGCGCUAUUCAUCGUCCAAUGAUGGGGGCUCUGAGCAUGCGGUCAUCUCUACGUUCGAUCUCUUCAGUAUUGGAGUUGGCCCUUCGUCUUCCCACACCGUCGGUCCCAUGAGAGCCGGAAAGAUCUUCUGCGCUGACCUCGAAGAGUUGAACCUGCUUCAAAAAGUUCACACCGUGAAGAUCACAUUAUAUGGUUCCCUAGCGGCUACGGGUAAAGGGCAUCACACUCCGCAAGCCAUUUUGCUUGGUCUAGAAGGCAGCGACCCCGAGACGAUUGACACUGGGACGAUUCCGUCGCGAUACGAUACGAUUCUAACGGGGAAAUCGCUAUUGCUUUCCGGUUAUCAUCGAAUUCGUUAUGACAUGGACCGUGAUAUGCUUUGGCGCUGGGAUCAAGUCCUCAAGACCCAUCCGAACGGCAUGCGUUUCAGUGUUUUCGAUGAGAAUGGCGACCUCCUGGCCACAAACGAAUAUUUCAGCGUUGGAGGUGGCUUUGUUGUGAAUGACAAGACCAAAGUGGACGAGAAUCUCUUUUACAAAGGCGUCGACAAGAAAGCCGUUCACGGAGCAAGACUGCAUCAAGUCCACGCUCCGGUAGACUCGGACGCCGCUCCUCUCCCCGAACCGUCACCUGAAGGGUCCGAGGACCCGAUCGCAGAGCAUGUCGUGGAGCCGGGUCCGCCCUAUCCAUUUGCCUCUGGUAACGAUUUGCUGGAACUGACAAAAAAGCAUAACAUGACAAUAGCGCAAAUCGUAUGGGACAAUGAGCGUUCGUUCGGAUAUUCUGAUGAGGAGGUGCAUGCCAAGCUUAUGCGCAUCUGGAGUGUGAUGGAUGAAUGCAUUCGCACAGGUGUGUCAACUAGCGAGACCACUCUGCCUGGACGCCUGCGAUUGAGACGUCGGGCACCCAUGCUGUAUCGCCGUCUGAUGAGGGGGUUUUAUCCCGGGAUCUCUGGCACUGCAAUGAUCAAUCCGGUCAUCUCAAGUGGUUCAGCGGGUUGGCGGCCUGACAGUGCUAUUGACUCGCCGAGGGACUCGACGGAUCCAACAGCAGGGUUGCCGAAGCAUUCUGACGAGCCAUUGCCUGUUCGACUGUCAGGUUCGCGUGCUGCCAGAGUAGUAGGCUCGUUCGAGCACGCGGUGUUACCAAUGCCGCCGAGGCGCACCGUCAUACCCGCCAUGGAUUUUCUCAGCUGCUAUGCGAUCGCUGUCAACGAAGUCAACGCCGGCGGUGGGCGGAUUGUAACGUCUCCCACCAAUGGUGCUGCGGGUGUGAUACCUGCCGUUCUGAAGUACAUCAUCGAGUUCGUGAGCGAUGAUCCCGAAAAGAGUGUGAUUACAUUUCUAUUAACUGCUUCUGCUAUCGGAAUGCUGUUCAAACGAGGGAGUACGAUCUCUGCUGCCGAGGGCGGAUGCCAAGCAGAGGUUGGAGUCGCGUGUUCGAUGGCCAGUGCUGGAUUUGCUGCUUGUAUGGGCGCCUCCCCCGAGACUGUGCUCCAGGCGGCAGAGAUCGGCAUAGAGCAUAAUCUGGGCUUGACCUGUGAUCCCAUUGACGGCUUGGUACAAAUUCCUUGCAUCGAACGGAACAGUCUCGGAGCUGUAAAGGCUAUCACCGCUGCUCAGCUCUCCCUUGCAAGUGACGGAGUUUAUAGUGUCACGCUGGAUGAGGCCAUAGAAGCCAUGCGACUUACAGCUGCUGACAUGAGCGUCAAAUACAAAGAAACAUCUCUAUCUGGCCUUGCAACCACUGUCAAGAUUCCUCUGACCGUCCCAGCUUGCUAGAUCCUUCCAUCUGCCUCAGUUCUCUAUGCAGUUUAGAGUACCUACUAGAGCGACACGAUCGCAAGUCAGAUUACAAGCUUAUAAACUCACGAGUUGCAACGAACAGCGCCUCUGCGCUCCAGAUAAACUUUCGGCCGAUCUUGCAGCGCUCCAGCGAAUCGAUUUUCGCCGCCACGCCCAACACUCGCGGUUGCCCUUCUUUCCGCACAAUCUACCAUCACCUCCGAAGGCACUCCGUCGUCUCACUUCCGGCCACCGGAACAUCGACCUGCGUGUUACUAGUGAUCGUAUUUCCAAACCUGUUCCGAGGGCGCCUUCGAUUCUUCGAAAGUCGGCUCGUUCUAAUCUCGACGCGAGCAUCCCUCCUAUUUCUCAGGAUCCUGAGUCCUCCGCCAAGGCGGGGCUUGCUCGGGCCAGAUCAAACGCCUCUCGGUGCAUAGUUCCCGAUCACAGUGCUUGAUCCAUUGAAUACUUUCCAUCUACUUGUUGAAUUCGAAUGCGGAGACCAGCCUUUAACUAUCCGGGGAAACGUAAAAGAAUCAGUUGACGAACGCGACGUCCACGAUGCGCAGAUCUUCUUCCGCGAUGGUACGUGGCGCCAAAGAAGCGGACUUAGAAUGUGUGAAGGAGUCGGAGCUUAGUGCACCUCCACUCCUCCACUGUCUAAUGAUCAACUCGCCGCGCUCAUUUCGCCGUCCAAACGCAUUUCGCACUCAAUCAUCCGGCCAGCCGUCGACGGUUACGCCGCUGACGCACCCGCUGCCGUCGUUUUAAUUGCAGGCGCCAGUAGAUGCGGCCAGGAAGAACUCAAGAUUAUUUCUGCUUUCUCUCAGUAACCAGUUGGAGCAAGGCGGAUGGGGUAAGCCGGGCGUGGAUGAAGCUGUGCUCGCCUCCAAGAGUAGAAAGAAUGGCGUGCGUACCCACCGUGUAGUGAUUUGUCCAUUACAUCCGAUUAUUGCCGAAGUCUCAGGUUGUCCUGAUCUACGAUGUCCAUGAAAGCUUUCAAUACACGAUUGACGCGUCUGCUUGGCACGAAGACCCCAAUUGUGUCCGCUCCGAUGGCUGGAGCAGCGGGCGGCGAGUUGGCCGGUCGCGUCUCUGCUGCUGGAGGCUUUGGAUUUCUCUCUGCCGGCUACGGUCUGGGUUCCGACCAGUUCAAGCAACAACUAGAUCUGGCUCGUAACCUUUGUGCUCCUUCACGACGGAUCCCUGUGGGUGUUGGCUAUCUUGCGUGGCAACUUGAGAAGCCCCAAUCUCCGCUCGUCGACCUUCUCCUUGUUGCUCUGGACCAGCGCGUCCAGGCUGUCUGGUUCGCGUUCGGUGCGGAUAUCGAGAAAUGGAUCAGCAUCGUACGCGAGCACGACCGCCGCACGGGCGAGAAGACUCUAAUCUUCGUGCAAGUUUCUACGGCGCAAGAAGCAGUAGUCGCCGCUCGGGAAUGGAAGGUGGACUGCAUUGUGGCGCAAGGUGUGCUCCCUGGUUACAUCCAACAACGCGGCUUGUUGAUCGCACUCUAUUCAGGGAUCGAAAGUGGCGGUCACGGUGCAGGCUAUGCCCUUCCCGUUGUCAACCUGGUUCCCUCGAUUCUCGACAGUCUUUCCGCAGAUCGGCAAAUUCCGAUUCUUGCCGCCGGUGGACUGACGAAUGGAUCUCAUCUUGCGGCUAUCCUGACUCUUGGUGCCGAUGGUGCUGUGCUGGGGACCCGAUUUCUCUUGGCGAAAGAAAGUUUGUAUUCGAGGACCCAGAAAAGCGCAUUGCUCGCUGCAUCAUCUGAGAUGUCUGUGAGAAGCAUGGCCUGGGAUCAUGCCAGAGACACUCUGGGCUGGCCGACAGGAGUCGAUGGCCGUGGCCUCAAGAACG